AUGAUUAAUGAUCAAACUAAAAUAAAUGGCUUUAUACUUAGUUCGGUUUCUCUUGGCUUCGAUGCAUUUGCAUGUUUGAUAUCAUGCAUAGUUUUUAUUAUUAUUAUAUAUCAUCUUUAUUAUAAUCAUGUCAAACGUGAAGAUAAAAUAACUGUUGUUCUUUGUGGUCAAAUAUAUUUAGCAAUUUUAAUGUAUUCAUCAAUGUUAUCAUCGAUGCAUAUUCGAUCAAUACUGGCUAUUAUAAUGCUUGGUAUGUUUUACAUGACGUUUGUAAAUCAGGCAUUCUAUCGUCUUAUUCGAAUUGCUUAUUCUCAAAAUAGACGAUUUCAAUCUGUAAAAUUAUAUAUAAUUCUACCUAUUAUAGAAUUAAUAAUAAUAACACCUAUUCUUCUAUGUAUUCUUAUACCUUUGAAUGGUAUAACAUAUCUACCAAAUGAUCACUUUUGCAAUACAACAUUCACAAAUAUUCCUAGUAUACUCUCGACAGCAGUUGUUGUUUAUAUAGGUCCAUUUUGUUGUUUAUUAUUUAUUUAUCUACAUAUAACAAGAUUUAUUCACCAGCAAGGAAAUAAGCAAACACUAGUAAUCAAACAACGACAAGCUCGAGAUUUACUUGUUAUUCGACGUAUUUUAAUAAUUGUUAAUUUAUUAUUUAUUCUUGCAUUACCUGGAAUGGUUCUUAUAUUUAUGUUUAUAAUAACGGGUGAAGAACAUCCAUUACUUGCUCGAAUUACAUUUUUUACAGUUAGCAUAUCUGAAGCAGGACUGAGUGUAGCAUUACUUUUUUCUAUACCUCAACUAAAAAAUAUUGUUCUGAACUUACAAAAAAUAAGCACAGUGGCACCUGUCAAUCGAGCAGUGCAAGGCACAAUACAAAUGAAAACGAUUACUGGUACUCAAUAG